CCUCCCCGCACUCCCCGGCUCCGGCCGCGCGCUGGCGGGGCUCCGCAUUGCACACUCUGGGGGCGCCGCAGUGUUCGUGGGAUGGGGCAGCGGGCUGCCGCUGGCGGCCGGAAUCCGCGCGCAGCCCGGUGCUGUGUAUUGACAAAGAAGAAUCCUGAAGUGAUCAUUAGUAACCCACUCUCCACGGGAAAAAGCACUUCUGAGCAUUCUCUUGAAUGUGGCACCACAGUUUUUCAUUGGAUGAUUGAUUGAUUCUUUCUUGCUAUGUGCCAGACACUAAAAUGGAUUCUGGAGUUUUAAAGCAGUGACUCUCAGAAGCCACUCAUGUGGGUGUGAUGAGCCUGACGUGACCCUGGGUUCUCUGCCUGUGACGUGCCACUUUUCAAUGGGGGAAGAGGUUUGCUGAUAGGAAGCUUUCUGGAAGAAGAGAAGGUGCGAGUUCUCUCCCAUUGUCCCAAGUCCUGGCUCCCAGGCCCCCUGUAUGAGUGACGCCUCAGUCUGCCAUGGAACCUGGCCCUGCCCUGGCCUGGCUCCUGCUCCUGAGCCUGCUGGCGGAUUGUCUGAAAGCCGCUCAGUCGCGAGACUUCACAGUGAAAGACAUUGUCUACCUCCACCCUUCAACCACGCCAUAUCCUGGUGGAUUUAAGUGUUUCACCUGUGAAAAGGCAGCAGACAAUUAUGAGUGCAACCGAUGGGCUCCAGACAUCUACUGUCCUCGAGAGACCAGAUACUGCUACACUCAGCAUACAAUGGAAGUCACAGGAAACAGCAUCUCUGUCACCAAACGCUGCGUUCCACUGGAAGAGUGCUUGUCCACUGGCUGCAGAGAUUCUGAGCAUGAAGGCCACAAGGUCUGCACUUCCUGUUGUGAAGGAAAUAUCUGUAACUUGCCACUCCCCCGAAAUGAAACCGAUGCCACAUUUGCCACAACAUCACCCAUAAAUCAGACAAAUGGGCACCCACACUGCAUGUCAGUGAUCGUGUCCUGCUUGUGGGUGUGGUUGGGACUCACAUUAUAGCAGCUCAAAGACACCAUGUAUAGUAGCAAUCCAUGGGGAUCUCCAUGGUCCAUAGUCAUGCAUGAGUCGUUGGCUUGACAAUAGUUACACAUGGGAAACCACAACACUCACAGAUGUCUUCACAGCCAAGCAUCGCCAUUUACCAUGAGGAACAAGCGUUGUGUCAGUGUAGUCAUUUCAAGUCCAAGACCUCAUCAAAGCCAGCCUGCCCCCAAAAUAGACCCUGAGUUGUAUACCACGAACCUUUCUUUUCGCUCCAGGAAAUAGUUCUGCAUUUAUUGAUGUCUGAGUCUCUUUAUUUGGAAUACAUGCAUGAGCCACAAGAGGUCCUGGGACCCUUGAGAUGUUAGAUGAUAUGUUAUGUGGACAUGCAUAGAUGUGUGUGCUUCAGGAAAAAGGUAAAGACCACUGGUUUGGAUAUGACUUUAUUUAUAGCUUUAGAAUUUUAAAACUUUGAUUCCAAAAGGAACAGACUGUUUCCUUGGAGACUCUGACUGAGUCCCUAAAAAAGUAGUAUGCAGUUGUCCAAUUUAAUUUUCCCAACAUUUUUCUCCCAGUGGUGGGAAUCCUAUUCCCUCUUCUCUCUGUGGGAAAUAAAAGGCAAUCAUAAAUUUGUUGUAUAGGGGGAGGGCUAGCUGGAGAAAGAUUUUUCCCAACUUAAUGGAACUAUUAUCCAUAAAGUACCUUGCAUAGCCUUGCAUUAAAAUUGGUGAGAUUGACCUUGAUUGGGCACCUCAUUGUGCUCCAUGAGAUCCUGGGUUCUACCUGGGCCAAAGGGUAUCCAAAGAGUCCCAAAGCAGGAUGGAGUUUUCUCCAGUCAUGGGUCUAUUCAGGCAUAGAUAAUCUAAGGAGAGAGAGGAUAUCAGAAUGAAAAGAAAGAGACAUGUGCAGGUUGACCCGAGUUCACUGCGAGGGCCCAAUCAGUAGCUUAGUCAGAUUGUCCUUCUGCACUUCAUACUGCCAGAGAGCCCUCGGGGUUCUUCCUCUUUCAAAUCCUCAGUGACUUUAGGGAGAAGGUUCUACACUACAUUAUAUCAAGACUGAUAGGGAAGGAAGACAUAAUAUCCUAGAAUGAGAAGGAGGUAAGCCAGUUGGGUGAUGGUGAGACUAGUAAGGAGACCCAGGGGGAGUUUUUCUUUUAGGUGAUUGCUUUUGAAGUAGAUGGUAAAAUUUUUGCCAUCCUUCCUGUAUUUUUUGGCCUGAGUUACAACUUUUUCUUCUUCCUUGUAAAUCAUUUAUACAAUAUUUAUUUUUGUAUGGGGUAACUAGAAACUAAAAUAUAUUGUAAAAUAUUCUUUAUUCUAAACAAAAUGACUGAAUUAGAAUACUUAUUUUUCAACAGUGGUAGAGCCUGUAAUAUAUGUUUGUUGAAGGUUAUCUAUAAUACUUGCACCAGUGUUGAAAAAUAUUAACUUAUGUUUGAGCAAGAGUAAUGUGUUGGCCUCAAGGGUUUCACUCAUUGUUUCGUCAGUGGUGUUGUCCGAGAAAUGUUCAGGUGGUGACGAUCACUGGUAUGAGUUUCUCUGCAGGGUUAUGGGGCAUAUUUUCAUGAAAUUUGGUGGAGCCAUUGCUGAUAAACAGGAGAGCAUUGUCAGGGUCCAUCUGCCCUGCACUGGAAAAUGUCUGUGGCUCAUAAAAAAAUGAGGCCCCCUCAGGGAUUACCAAAUAUGAACUGAGAGCGGUAACUCUGAUACAAAAUAAUCUAAAUUGCAUCAAAUGGCCUUAAAUCAGAGUUUGGUAGGCUUAUCAAUACUUUGCUUAUAACUGGGGUGAGAGAAGUAGAGGGAGAGAAAGCAAGAUAUUUACUAAGCACCUCUUAUGUGGCAGGCACUAUGCUAAGCACUUUAUAUAUGUAUGUAUGUAUUAAGUCCUGUAAAACCUGCAAGCACCCUGAAAGGAAUAUUACUAGUAUUUUCACUUUACAGAUGAAGGUACUAAGGCUCUAAGAAGCUCAAUAACAUGAAGCCUUUUCCUCCCUAUUUAAGUUAUAUAGGUUGAGAUGGGAUUGAAGAGUGCAGGGACAAUAGAAUUACCACCCCUAGGAAAACUUCCAGACCUGACCAUGGGAAUUUGACCCUCUGAUCAUGUGGAGUUUGUCUAGUCCUGCCUCUGCAGGAUGCCAUUUGUGUGGGUCCCCUAGAUGGUGUUUUUUCUUUAAGGGGUGGAGGUACAGCUUCCUAGUUCAUUCCUCUUGCUAAAAGAGGUAACAGGUCAAUUGCUAUAAUUGCUAGAAAUGCUUUAAGACAGUGAAAACUUGAUGUUGUACAUAUCUACAAGUACCAUUUUUUGUGCAUGGCCACUCUCCACUGAUACCUGCCAAGUACUGCAUGCAAUUUGAGUGAGAGAAUCCAAAUGCUGGUUCUUAAUCAUAAAGCGACCACUCCAGAGCUUCCCUGUCUGGUGUGCAGGGACCAAGUCCACAGUGAUGUGAACUCAUCUGCCACCCGGGGGAUCACUGCAAACUCUACACAGAUUUGACUGCAUGCACCUUGAGUGCCUGUCAGAAUGGCUGACGUUUCAUUCUCUUGAAAGAAAGUGGUUGGCUCACCUUCCCCAGCCUCAAGAAGCCAAGGAAGGGCCAUUCGUGUGGAAGGCCCAGGACUGGUCAUCCAUCUGACUUUUAUACCACAUUAAACUUUCCCUCAAAUCCCACCAUUGGUGACGGCUUGAAGUGCAAACAGCCAUGAUGUAUACAUUAACCUAUGUGCCACUUAUUUAUUUUCAGACUCCCCAUAGCAUUCAUGUCAAUAGAGAUUAAUGCCUAAAUUUUGUAAAUAUUGUACAUUUUGUAAAUCAAUGAAUAAAGGUUUUAAGUGUA